AUGCAGAUCGUCACCCUCCCAGCCAAGGCUGACCUGGGCUACUCGGCGCUGACGCUGUCACGAAACGGGGAGCUUCUUGCUGUGUGCAGCCGAGAGCCUGACGCGGCGCUCGCUGUGUGGCAGUGGCGCAAGGAGUCGCUGCUGGCCAGCACCCCGCUCAAGACGGAAGUCAGCCAGGUCAGUUUCCACCCCGUCGAUGCAGGCAAGCUGCUUACCAGCAGCCGCCCCAGCUGCAGCGGCGGCGGCAGCGGCGGCGGGGGCGGGAGCGGCGGCAAGGCAGGGGCCGCUGGCAGCGAGCAGGCGCCUGUGCGGCUGUGGAACCUGGAGCGGCUGUGGAGCACAUAUCACCUGGAGCCUACAAACCUUGGGCUGGAGGGAGGCCGCGAGCCAACAUGCCAUGCAUGGGCGCCCGAGGUAGCGGAGAAGGGCGCUCCAGCAGCAGGAGAUGCCGCGGCCGACAGCAGCAGCAGGAAAGGCGCAGGAGACGACAGCGCGGGGGAGGCCGCGGCGACGGGGGUCUCCAGCAUUGCUGUCAACACCGACGCAGUGUUUGUGUGUGGCAGUGGCAGCGAGCGCGGUGCGACACCCCUCAGAUGGUUCGCCAGGGGAGAGGGCGGCGGGGCCCUGCGGCAGCUGGGGCAGGCCCAGGGUACCGCAGGGGCCCUCUGCGUCGACUUGGGCGGCGCGUCGCAGCGGGACGCCCUGGUCGCGACGCGCGACGGCUGCCUCGUGCUGAUCGCCUCGCCGGGCCGCGGCUCUGCGGCCGCGGCGCCUGUCCAGAUCGAGCCUCUUGCAGACUGCCACGCGGGCGCAGUCACGGGCCUCUCGCCGCUGCCCGGCGGCCACGGCAAGGUGCUGAGCGCCGGCGCCGACGGCAGCCUGCGGGUGUGGGACGCUGGCGGCGGCGGGCAGAUCGCGGGGCGCCGCGACUUUCCCGCGGCGCGCCUGACGGCGUUGGCGUCGUGCCGCACGCGCGCGCUGGCGGCGGCGGGGUCGGCGCGCGGCGUGCUGCGGCUCGUGUCGACGGCGGACGAGGCAGCGCUGCCCGUCGUCUGGCGCGCGCGGCUGGCGCGCGGACCGCUGACCGCGCUGUCCUUCUCGCCGAGCGGCGCAGUGCUCGCAGUGGCGUGCAGCGAUGGGGGAGGCGCGGGCUGCAGCGGCGGCCGCGACCAGGGCGCCAGCCGGGUGGCGUUUGUUCGCAUCGGCGGGGGCGAUGGGGCAGCUGCCGCGGAGCUGCUGGGCUACGCCGACUGCGGAGACCGGGUCCUGUCGAUGGCGUGGCUGCCAACGCAGCCGCGCAGUGCGGGCGGAGACGCAGGUUUCAGUGGCAUUGGUGGUGGCGGCGCAGCAGGGGGCGAGCUGGUGGUCAGCUCGAGCAACGGGUUGUUGAUGAGCUUGGCAGCGCCUGCCGCAGCAGCACCGGUAGUUCCGUCGGCGGAGGCGGCUGUCGGGGCGAUGCUGCUGUCGCCGCAGCAGCUGCGCGUGCGCAGCGUCGCUAUCGAGGCCCCCCUGUCAUGCAUCGAGGUGGUCUGGCAGAAGCAGCAGCAGCAAGGCGGCGCGAGGGGCAACAGCGCGGGCGCCAGCAACGGCGGCAGCGGCGACGGGGGCGGCGGAGGUGCUUGCGUUGCUGUGGUGAUCGGGCUGUCGGCAGCUGACAGGCGGCUGCUGAAGUUCGGGCUGCCAUCCGACGCAGCGGCGUGGGCCGGCGCCGAGCGCCCCCCACUGCGCAGUGCCGUCGCGGUCGCGGCGCACGACAAGCGCGGCGCCGCCCUCGCCCUCAGCCCCUGCCAGCGGUUUGUCGCAAGCGGCGGCGCCGACGGCUGUGCACGCCUGCGCAACGCGGGGACGCUCCUGGAAGUCGGCAGUGCGCCCCCGGCACCGCGGCAGCAACAGGCGCCGCGGCAGCAGAGCGCGCACGCGUCGUCGGCGGGCGGCGCCAUCGCACUUUGCUUCGACGCGGGCGGCGGGUGGCUGGCCAGCGGCGGCGCGGACGGCAGCCUGUUCCUGAGCCGCGUCCUUGGGGAGUCUGGCGGCCUCGGGUCCCUCCAGCAGGUUGAAGCCGAUGGGUCAGUGGUAGCAGAGGCGUUCCAAGCCAUGGCCAGCACGGACACGCCCGAUGAUGACGACGAGCCGACCCUGCCGGCCCUGCUCGCCGCCGCCGCCCGCGCGGACGAGGAGCAGCGGGGCGCGGCCGUGCGCGAGGCGACGGCGCGCAGGCUCGGGGAGCUGCGGGCGCGGCUGGCCGAGCUGCUGGGGCGCAACGCGGCGGCGCCGGAGGGGGAGCGGCUUACUCGGGAAGAGGUGAUCCUCGACGUCGGGCGGCUGCAGGAGCUGCGAGCCAAGGCGGCCGCGGAGGCCGAGGCGCUCAAGUCGCGCCUGUCGGACGCGGUGGCGCGGGACGAGAUUGUCAAACCGGCGGCCGUGACGGGCGUCGCGUCGCGCCAGGAGGUCUGGAACUUCCCGCUGCGCGCCGGCGCAGGCGGCGCGUACGCGCGCGUUGCAGCGCUGAGGGCGACAGAGCUGCUGGAGGCGGCAGCGAUGGGCGCGCCCGCGGGCGACGACCAGGGGCAGGUGCUCCGGCGGCCUCGCGCUGCGGCGCCGGUCGGGCCCGCGAGCAAGGAGGGUGCGGCGGGCGCCGCUGCUUUGGGUGAGGCGCCGGCGGCCGCCGCGGCGGUGGCGGCUCCCACUGCGGGGCGCGGCAGCGCGUUCGGGAGCGAUGCGGGCGACACACCGUCGACCUCCGGCGCGGGCGGCCCUCCGCUGUCGGCCAGGGGAGCCGCGCAGCCGCAGCAGGCGCCGCAGCCGGCCGCGGCUGGUCCGGGCGCGGCAAGCGCACCGCGCGCGGAUGACUUGCUGGAGUGUCUAGCUGCGGGGCGGGCCGUAGCGCCCGAGCGGCUGCUGUACGAUGACCUUGAAGUGGUGACGCCGGCGCGCAAGGCGGCGCAGGCGGAGAUCUACAGGCAGAUGGCGCGGGAGCUGCAGUCGAAGUUCAACGCCGCGUUCGACGCGCUGGUCCAGCACAAGCACGCGGACGCCGACAAGAUCUCAGAUCUGAACGCCCGCCUGGACGAUCUAGAGAGGGAGCUCGCCAAGAUCAGCGCCGCCGGCGGGUCCGAGGCCGCCGGGCCGGGCGGCGGCGGCACGGCAGACGCGGCUUCGGCGGCGGCGGCAGCGAGCGGGGUCGGGGCGCACGGCGGCGGGCAGCCAGCCGUGGGCGGGUCGGGGCGCGUCGCGGUGCGGUGGGCGGAUGUGGAGGAUCUCGAGGAGAGCCUGUUCAGCUUCAAGCCCGAGGAUAUCAAGGCCCCCAAGUACCAGUCCCCAGAGGAGCGCGCCCGCGCCGCCGCCGCCGCCGCGUCCGAGGCGGAGGCACGGCGCCGCGCGGCCGCGGAUGACGCAUUUGGGCGCGCUCUGGACGACAUGAUGGGCGGCGCCCUGGUGCGGCCCACCGACGAGGUCGCUGACCUGGCUGCGGCGCGGCCGGCGUGGAUGAACGGGAACCCGCAGGCGAGCAGGGAGCUGGAUUUCACGGAAGACCAGCUGCGCGAGUACAAGGAGCACCAGGCCAAGGAGAAGGCCGCCAUAGAGGAGAGGUUUGACGACGCGCUGGCCGCCCUGGCCCAGCGGCGGGUGGCGGCGCUGUCGGAGCUGUCCAGCCUGGAGGGCCGCGCGGCGCGGCUCGAGGCGGACGCGCAGGCGGCGGAGGCGGCGGGGGACGCGGCAGAGCGGCGGGCCCUGGGGCGCGCGGCGGCAGCGCGAGAUGCACGCGCGCGAGUGGAAAAGGAGCUGUCCGAGGCGCGCGCUGUGCUGGCUGCCCAGCAGGAGCGCGCCGCGGCCCUGCACGCAGAGGAGAAGGCCAUGGACCGCGCCCUCAAGCGCGAGUUCCAGGAAGCCGACGCGGCCGCAGCGGCGCGCCUGGCGCAGCUCUACAAGCAGCGCCUGUCCGCCGGCGGACCGGGGUCCGCCGCGGACGGCGGCGCCGGCUUGCAGCCGCCGCCACUCUGGCGAGACCAGCCGGCCGGCGCGGCGGCGGGCGCGGCGGCUGCGGCGGCAGCGGCGGGGACGCCGCGCGGCGCCGCGCUGCUGGGCGGGAGCGGGCAGCAGGAGGUGGUGCACCUGAGCGACAGCGCGCGGCCCGAGUCGCUGGACCCCCUCGUUUGGGACCGCUUCCUGGAUUUCAGGGCCAGGCGCGCCCGCCUGGAGCUGGCCGCCCGCGACCAGGCAUCCGCCACCGCCCGCGCGGCCCGCCAGGCCGCGCUGCUCGAGUCCGAGGCGGCCGCGCUCGCGGCGGAGAUCGGCGAAGCGACCUCGAACGCGGCGGCGCUGCGGGCCGCGCGGCAGGCGGCGUGCAUGGACGUUGAGGUGCGGUUUGGGCUGAAGGCGGGGCAGGUCGAGGCGGAGCCGCGGGAUGUGGGUUCGCUGCUGGAGGGGGCGGUGAUGGUGAGGCGCAAGAUCGUCGAUGAUCUGAACGAGGUUGUGAGGUCCAAGGGGCGGCAGAAGAUGGACCUGCUGGGGCAGAUCAAGGACUUCAAGCGGGGGAUCUACGCGCUGCAGUGGGAGAACAAGAGGGCCGACAUGGAGGCGGAUGACGUGGCGUCGCUGGCGCGGGAGCUGCAGCUGCUGCACGUCACAAAGGACUUCCAGCAGCUGGUCAAGGCGGGGCCGGGAGCCAACACCAACGCCGCAGGCAGGGAGGUGGCCAGCCUGGAGGCGCUGCACCGCACCCGCGAGGAGCUGCACCUCAAGCGCAUGGAGGAGGGGCGGCGGCGGAUCAGGAAGCUGGAGAGGGAAAUCUCGGCCAAGGCGCAGCAGAAUGCAGAGGUCCAGCUGCACCUGUCGGGCCUAGAGCGUGUAUUGGACGAGCAGGAACGGCUGCAGGAAGCGGCGGGAGACCACAGGAGCGAGCCUCACGACAGGCGCAUGCGCUCCGUGGUGGUGGCCCGGAAGCUCAAGGACAUCAUAGCCGCGCAGCAGGCAGAGAUCACAUCACUGAGGGAGGAGGUACCGCCCCCUCCCCCUCCCCUCCCCGCCAACAUCACUUGGAGCAUCCAGCUUAAUCCCAGCGGCAGCACCGGCCUGCCGCGUGCCACCGCCCGCGUCGGCCCCGCCGCCGCCCCGGCCGCGGCGGCCGGCAACGCGACCAGCGACGCCGGCGAAUUCGCGAUUCAAGUGCAGCAGCCCAUCAGCGACAAGCUCCAGGCCUGGCGCGCGCAGCUGAGGAGCGAGCCCCUGCGGCUCAGUCCGCUGCGCGCCUACUCACUGGUGUUUGAGGCGCGCAGCGGCAGCGCCAACGCCAGCGUGCGGGUCCAGUGCGGCAGCCAGGAGGGGACCCACGAGUUCCGCAGCCUCCGCAUCCUGGAGGAGCCCGUCGACAACGAAGCCGUGUCACCCGACGCCGUCGCCGCCCGCACCGCCGCGCACCGCGCCGCGCCGCUGCGGCUCGAGGUCGCCGGCCCCGGCGGCGGCCCCGCGGCGGUGGAUGGGCUCAACCUGACGCUGCGGCGCCACCACUUUGUGUUUGGCACCGCGAUCGAGCCUCAGGUUGUCAGGGAGCGCUAUGGGGCCGAGGUUCACUCAAAGUACAUCGACACGCUGGGCGCCAACUUUUGGAGCAUAACCCCUGAGAAUGCGUUCAAGUGGCACAACUAUGAGCCGCAGCGCGGGCAGUACCAGGAGAGGGCGGCCCUCCUGCGCAGCGACUACUUUGCAGUGGCGGAGGCUCUCGGCAUUGACUUUUUGAGGGGCCACACCCUGGAGUGGGGAGAGCCCUACAACGACUGGAAAAAGGGCAAGGCCUCAUUGCCGUUCUGGCCAUUUGCUGCCAACGACUGCAGCAAGUACUUCCAGGCACUGAAGGAGCACGUGGUGCGGGAUGUGCGGCAGUUCAGGGGGAAAUUCACCACGUACGACGUGCUGAACGAGGUCAUUGAGAUGCCCUCCAUGCUGCGCGCCUGCGGGCUGGCCACCCCUGAGGUCAUCUCCCAGAUCUUCCAGUGGGCCCACGAGGCCGACCCAACCGCCAUCCUGUGCCUGAACGAGUGGGCCGUCCUGGAGGGGAGCAACUGGCAGGGGCUGGUGGAGCUCGCGCGCGGCAUGCUGGACGCGCGCGCACCGCUGCACUGCAUCGGCGUGCAGGCCCACCUGACCCUCAACCGCUCAACGCCGGCGCUGAUGUGGCGCCGCCUCAACGAGAUCGCGUCCCUCGGACUGCCGGUCUACAUCACUGAGCUCACCCUGUCCACCAAGUGGGACCCAGUCCAGGGACCGAUCAGCGGGCUUUCCGAGGAAGAGCAGUCCGAGGCGCUGGGCCGGCUGGUCGCCUUGUUUUUCAGCCACCCGCGCGUCGCGGGCGUCACCCUGUGGGGGUUCUUUGACGGCCACGUGUGGGUGCGGAACAGCGGCAUCUUCAGGGCGGACUUCUCGCCAAAGCCGGCGGCGGUCCAGCUGCGGCGAUUCUGGUCGGAGACGCACAACACAACGGUCCGCGACGCCGCGGUCUCUCCGGCCGCCGGGCGGCCGCUGGGCGCGGCAGCGGCAAACGGUCAGGCCAGCGGCGGCGGCAGCUCGUUCGAGUGGACUGGGUACUUUGGGCGGUACAGCUACGAGCUCUCAUCGGGCGGCAAGCGGUACAGCGGGACGUUUGACCUGCACCCCGGCGAUGGCGGCCGAGCUGCACGGGUGGUGCUCGAGUGA